ACACAUUUUCUGUAAAAUAAAAAACACUGCUAAACCAAUGCGUGUAAUAGGAUGGUGCCAGGUGUGUGAAAUAGCGUAGUGCAUAGAUCACCUUACCCUAUCGCUUGUUCUUCAUCAUCAUCAUCACCGUGUUGCUAGGGUUUGCACAUUCAUAAUAAAAGACAAGAGUAGAUCUUAGGAAUUAAGUGGAAUUCAGUGGUGGAUUGCAUGAACGGUUGUUGGUUGGGUAUUGGAAUCGGUGGUGGUGGAGGUGGCGGUGGUGGAGGAUCGAACGCAGAGUGAGCAGAAGAUUGAAACAUGUCUGCCAUCAUAGUUUGUGGGAAGAGAUCAUCCCUAUUCCAAGACCUUCCUCCCAAGAGGAUCCGUUGUUCCUCUCCUCUCCUUCCUCACCUCGCCGCCUUUUUCCCUGACAUGGAUAACCACCUUCUCCAGAAUGUUUUAGAACAAUGCGAUAACGACAUCCACUCCGCUAUCACUAGCUUAAACCACCUUCGCUUAGGAACCUCUGUUCCUUCUGAUUCUGCUCUCUCUCUCAAUCCCCUACUUCAAUCGCAAGGCAAUGGUGAAGCGAAAUGCGACGCCGAAGUUGUUGGUGCUGAGGAUCAAGUGGCUGAACAAGAUUAUCCUGUAAAUGGUGCCGAAUGGGUAGAGCUUUUUGUUAACGAAAUGAUGAAUGCUUCUAACGUGGAUGAUGCCAAAGCUCGAGCUUCCAGAGUGCUACAAGCGUUGGAGAAAUCUGUUUCUGCCAGAGCAAGUGCAGAAACAGAGCAAAACUUCCACCAGGAAAAUGCGAUGCUGAAAGAACAAGUGGAAUAUCUUAUUGAAGAAAAUGAGAUUCUGAAGCGUGCUAUUAGUAUUCAGCAUGAACGUGAGAAAGAAUAUGAAGAGAGGAAUCAGGAGUUGAAGAAUUUGAAACAAUUAGUAUCCCAGUAUCAGGAACAGCUAAGAACUUUAGAGGUUAACAAUUAUGCGUUGACAAUGCACCUAAAGCAGGCUGAACAAAGUAGUUCAAUCCCUGGGCGUUUUCACCCAGAUGUUUUCUAAUUUUUAGUCAUCCUGUAACAAGUGUUAACUAGCUUGCUGCUUCUUUAAUUUAAGUAUUCAUGAAGAAGAAACAACGCAAUGGAUUUCGGAAACUGAAUGUGCUUGUUCAUCCGAAUGCGCAGUUGUCCUAGCCUUUUUUGUGCUCCACCUUUUAGUUAAUGGUGGAUAGUGAAGAUUUAUACUAUUUAAUGAUGCGUGGAUGUGGCAUCAUACCCUUAUGACAUAGAUACCCGUAUGAUCCAUCUUUUUUUUAUGCCUAAUUCUAUAUAUACAAUGAAUUCUUACAAUUUAGAGGAGAGAUAGGAAGGAAGAGAGAAAAGUGUGAGAUAAAAUGAAAGAUGUAAUGAAUAGAAAUAGGAAAAAAAAAUUGAGUUCCAGAAAUGCUGUAAGUUGUAUCAUUGUUCCUUUUGUAUUUUUUGUUUCAGCCCUAAAAGACACCUUCCGCUCCUGCUUUAUUUUCGAUAUGGCAGAUCUCGUGUAACUGAUGUGAGAGUGUGUUCAAAUUUAUGUUUGAAUUACUGUGCAUACAUGUUUAUUUUAAUAUUAUUAAUUGUAAUUUUUGCAUUGGAUGCUUGUUUGUCGAGCUGUAUUUCUGGCAUUUUCUGUCGCCACCCGUUUUUGUCAAGCUUCUAGCUACUCACAAUGCGUUGUGUUUGUGCUGAAAGAAAAGGGAUGUCCUUCAUAUAUUUCCAUGUCAAUUUUUUUAUAAAUU